AUGGCAGCACGCGGCGGUCGUGGAGGUGGCAGAGGCGGACGCGGCGGCGCUCGAGGCGGCAAAGGAGGUGCAAAUGGUCUUCCUUGGGAAUACGAUCCUACUUUGAACACCGACCAGCCGCAAGACACAUAUCCAAAGACGUACCGGCCCCCAGUGGCAAGCAGCUUCCCACUGACGUCGUCCGAAAGCCGCUCAGUUCGCUACUUUGUCAAAGUCCGACGCGAUUUUCACAACUCACCACUUUACACUCACAAACAUCUGGCCCCCGAGGCCCUGGGCACCUCGUCGAAUAUUGCGGAUCCAGUGUUCAAACAGUAUGGCCAGGAGCAAGUUAAUGAGCGUUAUGGAAUCAAGAGCAGAGCCACAAUCGAUCCAUUCACAGCUGUGCCCAUGUUUACGCACCAGUUUGUGUCCGAGACGAGGACGAUGCCGUUCCUAAGAGGCCGAACAUUUCACCACGACCUCUUUCCGGAAGAGCUCUGGGAUACACUGGAUGGCAAAGAUGGUGGUCCCGCAAAGGACGCCAUCUCCCAGGGCAUGAAGCGCAAGUCGAUGGCUGCGGACAACCACUUUGAAGAUGACGAUGAGGAGGCCGCGUCACGCAAGCGACCCGAGACGGAGGAGGAACGCAAGCGGCGCAUUGCCGAGGCCGCGGCCGGCAGGGAUAACGAGGAUGAUGCCGCCGAGGAGGAUCCCGACGACGACGAGGAGAACAUGAGCCAGGCGGAUGAUGACUUUGAGGACGACGAAGACGGUGGAGACUACGAUGCUGAGCAAUACUUUGACGGUGGAGACGACGAUAUGGAAGAUGACGGUGGCGGAGGUGGUGACGAGUACUGA